AUGGACGAGCUGGUAGCGCACUGUCUGCGCGAGAUCGCGUUCGACGGAGAUCUCGGCUGCGACAUCCCGCGCCUGCGCACCUUCGCCUCGUCCUUCUUCGAACAGCGGAACCAGCCGCAGAACAUCGACGCGUCCUACUUCGCCUUUCUCUGGACAGUCCUCGUCUCGCAGCCCUCCGUCCGCGUCGGGACCGUCCCCCUCGAAGCCAUCGGCACAGAAGUAUGGGUCGCGCCGCAGCCCAAGAAGAAGAAAGACCGCACCACCACACCGGUCGACGUCGAAGACAAGGACAAGGAUGAAGUGAAGCUCAAGGUUGUGGAUAAGACGAAGCAGCUGAGAGAGCUGGAGGAGAUGUAUGGCGAUGGUGGGGGCUUGAGGGUCGCGGUGGAUCCCGAGACGAUAUUCGUCGCGCUGACGGGGAGCCAUAUUCGGCCGACGAAGUUGACGGGGACGGUGUAUACUGCUCUGCAGCUUAUUACGAGGGGCAGGGCGGAGGGGUUGAGUGUGGUGGAUUUGGGGAAGAAGACGGGGUAUGAUCAGAAGGCUUGUUGGUACCUCGUGCGACAACUGGUCGACCUCGGUCUCGUGGUCAAACUCCGGCGCGCGGGCGUAGGCGCCAACUUCUGCAUCCACCGCCACUUCUUCGAACGCGACGCGCAAUGGCAAGGUAUCCAAGCCGAGACGCUCGCCUCUACUUCCACCUCCGCCGCUCCCAGUACCUCACUACCAACACCCACGCCUGCACCCGAUGCGAAAGACGAGGACGACGAGGAUUAUCAGCCGGACGCCGAAGCCGUCGCGCCGCCCACGGACGUCACGUUUGACCCGAUCGACGCGAGGCAUCUGAGUAGUCUGGCGCUGGUUAAGGCGAGGAUUGUGAAGCUGUUGAAGAGCGCGCAGGGGAAUGUGUAUCCGGCGCAGAAUCUUAUCGUCACUAUCGGCUUCACCAACCCGACGAAGACUGAAAGGAGGUUCUUUCAGACGCGAUUGCGCGAGUUGAUGGAGCAGGGAGUUAUUGAGAGGUGUACGGUUCCGCAUCCUAAUCCGCGGAGAAGCAAGUAUAAGAUCCCGUCCAUCCGCCUAUUGGACCCAGAUGCGGGCCCAGACGGAGACGCGGACGAUGCUGCUGUAGAUGAAGAGGAAGAACCCGGGACGGGGAGGUUCAAGGCUACUGUAACGCUACACAAGCAGAUCCUCGACUUGCUUGACGCAGCAGGCGGAGCCGGUAUGACGCUCAACGACAUCGUCUCAGCCCUGGGCAACUUCGACCGCCGGACCCUCGAACUCAUCCUCUCCCGCGCCGACCGCACCUCCCCGCCCUCGCACCUAGCCGACCUGCGCGUCUCCCAGAUGCUCGAAACGCACGGCAAAGAGCGCCGCUACCGCUUCUACACCCUCCGGCACUACGCGGCGGUCGUCGCGCGGGAGGGCCUGGACGACUCGCGCGGGCCGUAUGCGGGCGCGACAGAGGAGUUGGAGGGCGCGGGCGGGUUUAUGGAGUGCAGGGGGGAGGAGUUUUAUGAGGGGGAGGAAGAGCUGAGGGGGUUUGUGGAUGAGUUUACGGGGGAGGAUGCGAAGGGGCGGGCGAGGCAGAAGAGAGGCAAAGCAAGGGAGGAGGGAGAGGGGCCGAAGAAGAGGGGGAGGAAGAGGAAGAGGGCGGAUACGGUAUACGACGAGAACCCCGGCGCUGCGGGCGAGGGUGGGGCUGAGGAGGACGUCGAUGAGCCGCCUGCGAAGAAGAAGCGCGGGAGACCGCCCAAGCCCAAAGCGGAGCCGGGCGCUAGUGCGGCUCCGAAGAAGCGCGGACGCCCACCUAAAAAGGCGCCCGUGGAGCCUGAGCCGGCGGAUGUGGCGGAGAGCGCGCCCACGGCCGGCCCGUCCAACGCCGAAGCCGGUCCGUCCAACGUCCUCCCCGAUCCUACCAACGCGAAGUCUGCUCCCUCCACACCCUCAAUAUCCGCACCAUCCAACGCGCAGGCCAGCUCAUCAACUGCGCCUACCGACCCCGCGCCAUCAACCUCCGUAAUCGCCGCCGCUUCAACCUCAACUACCGAACCCCCCACCUCCACGACCACACCCAAAAAACGCGGCCGCCCGCGCAAACACCCCCUCCCCGCACCCACCCUCGACGAACACGGCAACCCCGUCGAACCUCCACCAAAGAAACGCGGUCGACCGCGUAAGCACCCUCUUCCCGAGCCAGAGCUCGAUGAGGAGGGGAACCCGGUGCCGAGGAAGCGUGGGAGGAAGAGCGCUGCUGCCGCUGGCGUCGAUGCGGAUGGGGAGGAUGGGAAGAACGAGGGUGGGAGCGCGCCGAGGAGGAGUGCGAGGGCGCCGAAGCCUGUUCGGAGGGUUGAUGCUGCUGAGGAGGGAGAUGAGGAUGCCGAGGGGGAGGAUGAUGAUCAGGUUGUGGUGCAGUCCGCAGCGCCUGUGGCGGAUAAGCGCAGGACAGAUGAGGGAGAGGGUGGCGGUGCGGAGGGCGAUGUUAUGGACGUUGAGGCGCCUUCUGCUACUCCUACUGCUCCUCCGCCAGCCUUAACUGCGCUUGCUGAGUUGCUCGCUGCUGCUCCUGCUAGUGGUGCCGGUGUUGCGCCCACACCAUCGACUGCGGAAGACGCCACAGGAUCGCAACCAGCACCUGCAACUAUAGCCACCACGCAGCCCACACAAGACGCUGCAUCUGCUUCCUCAGCCACAACGUCGUUGGAACGUCUUGUAGCUGCUCUGAACGGUGCACCUCCGCCCGAAGCUACGACCUCGCGCCCGUCGGGCUCGUCUACGACCGUUGAGGUCGAUACAAGCGCCCAACAGAUGCCCACUGGCGAGGCGACCGUUUCGCAUCCGGCUGUCACAUCUAUAGACGUCGAGGCUCAACAACAGCUUGACGCGUCCGCAGCUGAGACUACUGCAAAUAGACAGCCUGUAGAGAAGGAUGUGCCUAUCGAUCCAGCUUUGCUCGCAGAGACUGAGGGAGCUGGUCCAUCGAAUGCGCCGCCCGCCACAUCCGAUGUAGCGACGCCAGACCCAGCGAAGAGCUCCAAAGCCGAGGAAAAGAAACCCAUGGGACGCCCGCGCGGCAACGUCUCGCUCAUGCGCCGCGAAAACGAGUUCAUGAAGCUCCUCAACGACUUCAACGGCGUCCUCAACCCCGGCUCCAAAGAGUUCACCGACGCGCAUCUCGAGCUCCUAUCCACGCUCGCCGCAGCAAACGAGCCCACCAGCGGUCUACCCGGUAUACGCGUCGACAAGCGCACCUCGCAUACGACGUACGAUAGCCUGGAGACGAAGGGGAAGGUCAAGCAGUUGAAGACUAUCGUCACGUCUAGCCUGGGUCAUUCGAGGCAGGUUCGCGUGGUGUAUUUGCCGAACGUUGAGCAGGCGAGGGUGCAGGCUUUCUUGGAGCAGAUCUCGAGUCAUGGAGGGUCGAGCGCGGCUGCGUCGAGGACGCUCAAGUGGCAGGAUGCUACGGUUGUCGAGACGCCUACGCCGGCGCCGGAGCAGCAGCAGCAGUCAUCGUCGCGGGCGCGAUCGCCGCUCGUUAUGCGGAACUCGAUGCCUCAUCUGGUACCGGAGAAGUCGCUGCCAGUCGAUUUACUGCAGGUCGACAAAGGAGACGUCGACGCGAACAAAGCUCGUUCGGAUAAGCUUUUCGCGCUCGACGACGACACGUUGCGCGAGGUGUUCUUGACCGAGAAGAACACCCUCGCGCAGAAGUACGGCUGGCUCCCCGGCAAAGCCGCGCGCGCUCGCGAGGUCCAUAUGGCCGGCUUGGAAGAGAUCACCAAAGCCGAACCGCGCUCGCGCCACGUCGUCUCGGCCGACCAACGCAUCCUCAGCUCGUCCUUCUUCUUCAACGAUCUGCGGCUGGAGAGGUGGCUCAAGAUCGUGUCCACGCUCACGCACAACGAAGAGCUGACGAAGUUGAUGGAGACGGAGGAGGGGAAGAAGAUGCUGAUGAGCGCUGUGCCGGCGUCUAUCGACGUCGAUCUGCAGAUCGGGAAGGCGCGCUCGAGGGCGCGGUUCUUGGACUUGUUCGAGGUGCUGUGCGAUUUGAAGAUCGUUACGCCGCUUAGACCGAGUACGGCGGAGGACGCGCCGAUCAAGGUUGCGCAGACCAGCCCGACAAGUGAACAUCCCACCGCGUUCGAGGUGUGGUCGGACAACUGGCGCGCAUCCACGAGUCGCCAGGCCGCGCCUAGCUAUUGGAAGUUCAACGAGCAAGGGCCUAUGUACCUUUGGGUCAUAUCGCAGGAGGCGCCACCGUACUGGAAGGACGUUCCCGUGCGGACGGUUGACGAUGCGGCGGCGUAUUGGGAGGAGGUCGAGCGGGCGUCUAUUGUGCGAUCAACUGCCGACGGCGUGAUGCUCCCCGAAGGCGGCAGCCCGACGGGCGUGGAGAUCAACAGCAUCCAUCUCUCGCGCACCUUGCGCCGCUUGUCGUCCUGGAGAGCGGAGUACGAGCUCAGCUGGCACCAGAAGCAUUAUCUGCGCCACUAUGUCGAUGUCAAGACGGGUAAUACACCCGUUGAGGACGCGGAGAAGGGUGCAGAGAAGAUUGCGCGUAUAGCGCGGCUUACGAGCGCGCCGGUCGAUGUUGUGUGCGAUUACUUCGAGAAGGCACGUAAGAAGGCUCUUCGCGAUUUGGAACGCGUACAAGCGAAGGCGAAGGCGGCGCCGCUUCCUCGUGCAGGAGAGAACAUUGAGGCUCGGCGUGAGCGUAUGGCUAUUGCGAAUGCGCAGAAGGAGAAUACCUGGGCGGAGCUACUUGCGCGCAUCCAUCCGGAGGGACCGCUCCAGGGCUCGCAUGCUGCGCGCGUCGCGCGUGUGCACACGAAGUACAUGCACGCCGGUGCGGCAGACGAGGAGUUCUGGGAGCACGAGAUCCGGAACGCGAUGCAGCAGGCCGAUAUGGCGAACGCUGCUGCUCUUGCGCCCGCCGACCGUUCGCGUGCAGUCGCAGUUCUAGCUGCUGGUGACUUCAUCGAAGGCUUGCCCAACAUCCCGCAGACCGGGAGAUCGGUGCGUGAGCUCAUCGAGGCGCAGGGUGCGCCGGUCGAGACGGUGCCCAAGUCGAAGAAGAGCAAGAAGGCGAAGAAGCAGAAAGAGGACGUGGAGAAUCAGGAGACGCCUGAGAAGGCGCGGCGCCGGCAUCGCUUCUUGUGGAAUAAGGAGUUCGACGAGCUCGUUGAGGACGCGAUGGUCAUCGUCCGCUCUCGCUGCAGUGAUAUGACGCGCAUCGAGCUCGGCGCUCUUGAUCAAGUCUUCCCUGGCGUACCGCGCAACUCGGUGCGGCAGCGCUAUACUACCCUUCGAGCGGAACCAGGCAAGGACGCGUACCUCAAACGUUUGGAGGAUGCGUGGGUCAUGGUCUGGUUGGAAAAGCGGAACAAGUACGACACGAUCCCCGACCCGGACCCGAAUAGCGCUACGAACUUUGACCUUGUCAAGCAUGUCGAGUUUCUGCGAAAACAUGUCGAUAAAAAGCCCUUGCGUACUAAUCGGCAAAGUGACGUGAACCUGCCAACAAGCGUCUCCGAGCUCGAGUUGCUCUACGACAUCGAAGACCAUUCGUCUGCUGCAUCCGGAUGGGACUUCGUGUGGACAUCCGUGACUGAGGAGGGUCGAGAGAAGGGUCUGCUGCAGAACGCUUUCUAUACUGAGAGCGACAUCAUUCCCGUCGAUGAUGAUGCGAGCGAGGUCAUUCGGAUAGCUGAAUGCGGGCUGAAGAUGAUCUACGCCACGCCUGCCGACCGAUACAACACUGAACGGGCUCAGUCUCUUCUACUCGACUUGGGUCAAGGACCAGAUGCGCACCAAGCCGUUGCUCUUGCUCAGAAGAGGCUGCAAGACUUGGGCGUCUUGUCGAAGCUCGUUUACGACCCGAAGAAGCCGAAACCCGGACGCACAAUGAAGAUCUCCGAAGCCAAUUCGAAUGCUAUUGGCGGUGUCAUCUCCAAAGAUACGUUCCAGGAUGCUGCGACGAUCGAUGCUCUGUACAAGCAACCUGGCUUGGACUGGCAGGAGUGGUCGCUGGAGGCAACGGAUGGUGAUCUUGCUAUGCUCGUGCAAGCCACAUCCGCAGGGACGGCACAGUUUCGGGUAGACACCAGUAACGCACAAGAGGCUCGUCCCAAACUUGACUGGAACAGCAAGAAAGCUGUGGAUAAUGACAUUGAGACGAGCAUCUCCGUCAAGAUCGUGGCUGAGACGCCCGCCCCUAGUGAUCGCCCUUCUCCGUCUACCCAGCCGACUUCCUUCGUCGCCGACGUCGCCGAGCGUCCCGCACCCAUGGAUACAAACGACAGCACGCCUCAUGGACAGACCGAGGAUGGCGGGCCUGCCUGUUGCCGUCUGGUAUCAGAUGGCGCGGUCGACUGCGCCGCGUGUGUACGGACCGAACUCGAAGAAACGAUGGCAUCGUUGAGCGACGAGCAGCGCACCCAGUGUACGAACCUUCUUGAAGUCCUCGAUGAGGCUGGCUCGGGUGGUCUAUCGAAAGCACAACUUGCGGAGAAGCUCUACUCGUCCGUCGCCGAACUUGUUCCCAUAUUGGAGCUUCUGCUAGAUGCUACGAUGCCUCCCGUGUUCAACGUGGGCUAUAGCUUGCAGUUCCUCGUCGCCGCUCGGUAUAUUCGCCCGUGGACCGCGACUGUUUCCCUCGAGCCACUCUCGCGCGUCCUUCCUCGUCGUUGGCUAGACAUCGGCGGACGCAGGAUACCGGACGUCUAUGAAGGAGCCCAGCGUGCUGUCAUGAGCACCAUCCUUCUUCGUCCGGGCAUAUCGCAGGCUGAAAUCUGCUGGCGGAUGAAACUAUUGUACGAUGCGCAGGAGGUACUGGAGGUACUCAGGACCCUUCACGAUGCUAACUUUCUUUAUCGUCGAAGCAAGUAUGCCUCGAUGAACUCGCUCAUAGCUCCCAGUGCCGAAGAGGAACGGCAUGCGAUGUGGUUCGUGGCUGAACGGCCUUGGUAUCAAGUGUAA